CACAGCGCUGGCGCGACUCGCCGGCUCGGCUGCCUGCUGCUGCUCUAUCAGUGUCUGCUGGAAGGAGGCGGAGCCAGCCGGCACAGCCUGCGAUACAGCCAUGACGGGCAUGAGUGAUCCCGCUCUUCCCUUCCUCAACGAGUCGGUUCGCGUGCCGACCCCGCGCUUCCAACCGGCAACGUUCCCCGAGUUUAUCGGCUCCGUCUACACGUUAUGGAAUGUGCUCGACUCGAUGAUACACUCGCACAGCGGGGUGGGCUGGCCACUCUACCCGUACGGCUACAUGCGCAAGGUGCAGCUCUUCGCCUACUCGGAACUCGUCUGGCGGAACCCGUCGGCGAGGACAUACUGCGAGACGGGUGUCAACGGCGGGCACGGCACGGCGGCCAUGCUGACCGCGAGCCCGACCCUGGUGGCGCACUCCUUCGACGAGGCGCGGCAGCCGUACUCAAACGACGUCCUCGGCCUGCUCUCCACCCUCUUCCGGGAGCGGUUCGACCUCCACCGCGGCGACUCGCACGCGCUGCUGCCCGCCUGGUCGCCGCCCGCAAAGUGCGACAUCAUCCUCGUGGACGGCGACCACUCCGACCGCGGAGCGUACCAGGACAUCGUCGACUUUCAGCGCCAUGCCUCCUGCGGCGCGACGCUGUUGCUCGACGACGUGAAAGGCAGCGGCAAAGGGCUAAACGACGGGCCAACCGCCGCGCUGCUGCGGGCCCAGAGGGUCGGACUGGUCGAGAUUCUGCGCUGGGAGAGGUACAACGCCUCCUCGCCCGAGAACCCGUGCUUGCGCGCCAAGCGCGGCGGCGCCCCUUUCUGCGUCGGCAGCUGGGGAUGGGCGAUGGCACGGUAC